UUUCCUUCCUAUGUGUGAUAUCCGCAUAUUGUCUCAUGUACAAUAUAUAUACACUUGAUACUUCUGAAUUGUCCAGACAUUAUUACAGUUUUCGACACAUACCUGCCUACGCCACUAUACCGUCACAUUUAGCGCUUACUGCUCUGCAAUGGCGUUCAAAUCACUUGUGUAUAUUUUUGUGUUUAUCCAUUUUGCUGUUUGUGCGUUGCCCAACACAUUUGAAAUGCCACCCGAUGGAGUGCUGCCGAAUCCCGUAACGUAUUUUGAAGGAGUACAACAUGAAAAUAAAACAAACGUCGAACGACCGCACGAAGCUAGAUUUGGAUACAUACCAUCAUCUUUAGGUGGAGCAACAACUGGAUUGGGAGGAUAUCAAGGUAGUUCUGUAAGUGGUUAUGGAUCACAGAAAAUCGAUAUAGGUGGUCUAAUCGUAGGAGCUGUUGUUGGACUCGGUAUUCUAAUUUUUAUCCCGAAAAUUUUGUACCUGUUGUUUUCGACGACUAAUCUUUUUAGUGCUCAUCCAGUUGGAAAUAGUUACUCCGGAUAUAGGAGGAGUGAAGAAAUAAUGUCUGGUUUAAACGAUAUGGUCGCAAAAUUUGAAGAUUCUAUGUCCAAAUAUAAUAUAAAUACAACUGCGUGUAUGCAAAAAGCAUUGUGUACUUAUAUACAAUCAACAGAACAAGUAAAAGAAAAAUCAGGAAUCAACAAUUUCGUAGAUAGUACAGUAAACGCUCUAACAAAAAACUCGUUGAUGAAUUUUAUGAUUGAUGGUUCAAAAUUUAAAGCGGCACUUGAAGCAGGAAAGAAUAAAGAAUGUGGAGUGACCUAUCGACAAUGUCCAUUUGAUCAAAAUAGCAUUUAUAUGAUUUUGAGGCAGAUUUCAAAUAAAAAGUAAACCACAAUUAAAAUUGUGUUUUUUUCUCUUUGAAAAUUAUUGUAUGGUUUAUUGUAUAAAUUAUUUUAUAUACUCAUUCUAAGAAUGUAAGAUACAUAAAUUGAUUUCAAAAACUAAAAUUUACACCACAUUUUUAAAAUGAUAU